AUGAGGCACACGCUGGGCCUUCUGGCGCCCCUGCUGGGCCUGGGCCUGGGGCUGGCCCUGAGUCUGCGGGGGGCGGCAGCUGCAGACUGCGAGUCCAUCGGCCCCGCGGAGCACCUGGUGUUCACCCCGGCAGCCAGGACCCGGUGGCUAGCCCCUCAAGUCCGUGCACCAGGGCCCCUGGACUCCCUCUACGGCACCGUGCGCCGCUUCCUCUCCGUGGUGCAGCUUAAUCCCUUCCCUUCAGGGUUAGUGAAGACCCUGCUGAACGAGCCAGCCUCCGUGAAGGUGGAUGAGGUGGUGCGGUACGAGGCGGGAUAUGUGGUGUGUGCUGUGAUCGCAGGCCUCUACCUCCUGGUGGUGCCCACCACUGGGCUCUGCUUCUGCUGUGGCCGCAGCCGCCGGCGCUGUGGGGGUCGAGUGAAGACGGAGCACAAGGCCAUGGCCUGUGAGCGCGGCGCCUUCAUGGCCUUCCUGCUGCUGACCACCCUCGUGCUGCUCAUUGGCAUGGUCUGUGCCUUUGUCACCAACCAGCACAUGCAUGAGCACACGGGCCCCAGUGUGGAGGCCAUACCUGAGACCCUGCUCAGCCUCCGGGGUCUGGUCUCCGAUGUCCCCCAGGAGCUGCAGGCCGUGGCACAGCAGUUCUCCUUGCCCCAGGGGCGAGUCUCGGAGGAGCUGGAUGGUGUGGGUGUGGACAUCGGGAGCACGAUCCACGCCCAGCUCAAGAGCACCGUGUACCUGCUGCUGGCCUCCGUUCAAAGCCUGGGCCGGGCCCUGCAGGUCUGCGUAGACCACCUUCGAGCCCUGAAUGCCACCGUGGUGGAGCUGCAGGUUGGGCAGCAGGACCUGGAACUGGGUGUCCGGGAGCACCGAGAACGCCUCCUUGCUCUGCUGCAGGAUCCUGGGUGUCAGGGGGACUGCGCAGGGGCCCAGAGCCGGGCCCGUGCCCUGGAGUUGGGCGCUGACUUCCACCAGGUGCCCUCUGUGGACGAUGUCCUGCAUCGGCUGAAGGGUGUCCCAGAGGCCAAUUUCUCCAGCAUGGUCCAGGAGGAAAACAGCACCUUCAACGCCCUCCCAGCCCUGGCUGAAGUACAGACGGCCAACCUGGUCAAAGAGCUGAAGAAGAUGGUAGCCCAGCAGCCUGAAGGGGUGAGGACGCUGGCUGAGGGGUUCCCGGGUUCGGAUGGAUCUUCUCGCUGGAGCCAGGCACUAGAGGAUCUGGAGCAGAGUAGCCACCCAUACCUGCAGGAAGUGCAGAGAUAUGAGACAUACAGGUGGAUCGUGGGCUGCGUGCUAUGCUCCAUGGUCCUGCUCGUGGUGGUCUGUAACCUGCUGGGCCUCAACUUGGGCAUCUGGGGGCUGUCUGCCAGGGAGGACCCCAGUCACUCAGAAGCCAAGGGCGAGGCUGGAGCCCGUUUCCUCAUGGUAGGCGUGGGACUGAGCUUCCUCUUUGCUGCCCCCCUCAUCCUACUCGUCUUUGCCACCUUCCUGGUGGGCGGCAAUGUGCAGACGCUGGUGUGCCGGAGCUGGGAGAGCGGGGAGCUCUAUGAGUUUGCAGAUACCCCGGGAAACUUGCCCCCGUCCAUGAACCUGUCCCACCUUCUUGGUCUGAGGAAGAACAUCAGCAUCCAACGGGCCUAUCAGCAGUGCAAGGAAGGGGCUGCGCUCUGGAGAGUCCUGAAACUCAAUGCCUCCUACGACCUGGACAAGCACCUGGAUAUCAGCCAGUACACCGGCAAGCUGCAGCAGGAGUUGCACAACCUCCGAGUGGACAUACAGAGCCUGAACCUGCUGAGCCCAGCUGCCCGCCGGGACCUGGAGGCCCUGCAGAGCAGCGGGCUCGAGAAUAUCCGCUACCCUGACUUCCUCGUUCAGAUCCAGAAGCCCGUGGUGAAGACCAACAUGGAGCAACUGGCCCGGGAGCUGGAAGGACUGGCCGGAGCCCAAGUCAAUUCUGCACUGGGGCAGCAGUUGCAAAAGGAGGCCCAUGAGCUCAGAACCCUCUACCAGGAGAAGGUUGUCCCCCAGCAGAGUCUGGUGGCCAAGCUCAACCUCAGUGUCAGGACCCUGGAGUCCUCUGUCCCACAUCUCCAGGUGUCUACCUCUGAUGUCCUAGCCAAUGUCACUUACCUAAGAGGAGAGCUGCCUGCCUGGGCCACCCGGAUUGCAAAGAAUGUCAGCGAGUGUUUCCUGAUCCGGGAGAUGGGCUACUUCUCCCAGUAUGUGGCCUGGGUGAGAGAGGAGGUGACUCAGCGCAUUGCCACCUGCCAGCCUCUCUCUGCAGCCCUGGACAAUGGCCGUGUGAUCCUGUGUGAUAUGAUGGCUGACCCCUGGAAUGCCUUCUGGUUCUGCCUGGCGUGGUGCACCUUCUUCCUGAUUCCUAGCAUCAUCUUUGCUGUCAAGACCUCCAAAUACUUCCGCCCCAUCCGGAAACGCCUCAGCUCCACCAGCUCUGAGGAGACUCAGCUCUUCCACAUCCCCCGGGUCACCUCCCUGAAGCUGUAG